AUGGCGUCCCACGCCGCGAUGCUUUUGGACCCGAAGGCCUCCCAGAAACGGGCUCGAAGCAACGGUAAUCAUAUCAACUCGUCCUCCCCCGAUCCCAGCGAUCUGGAUUCCAUGGCGACCAGUGCAUCCCUCGGCAGACCGCAGACUCCGAACGGGAUCUCUCGCAACCCUGCCCCUCCUAUGGCGCCUUCAGGUACAGUCCUUGCUGCGCGCGCUCUCGGCACCGCCACCCGCGACUCUUCCCCGAGACUAUCCUCGACGACCUCGAGUCCGGCACCGAACGACCUUACUCCGAUCGACUCCGACCUGGCCGUACAAUUCACCAGCGUGCAUGACGACGGAAAUGAGAGUGAUGCCAAGCGCAGUUUCUACGAUAUCAGCGACGGCGAAGACGUCGUACACUCCGGCAGUUUGAUCGAAGGUGUCUAUGGAGUGGAACAGCGCCGGAAUCAGCCUUCCAAGAGGGUCAGGACGGCAGACGAGACCUUGGCGACGACAAAUAAACCAGUCACUAUCUCUGGCAAUACUGGACUGCGGAAGUGGAUGAAAGAGGGAGAGACAACCCCCGCCCCAACCCCCGCCGCAUCCGACAUUGUGGAUUUGACAAUGGAUAUCCCGAACACACCCAAGGACGACGAUGACUUGCAAGUCACAGGGUCAAAUAACCUCAGCACCCAACGAGUCUGCUACGGCAAAAUUGAGGGCGCAACGAUAAACGCCAGUUUGGUACCCAAGCCACAGGCAAAUCCUCUUUUCGGUGACUUCUCGCAUGACUGGCCAUCAAUGAAACUUGAAGUCCAGCGCCAGAGUGGCCAAGAGAAUAGUCGCAUCGAUGUGGCCGAUCCUUCUAGCAAAAUCUUCGGCGUGGUGGAUGGGAAGACAGCGCAGGCGCUGUGUCCUUUGCUGGAUUCGCCAGUCCUGCCGCUGGAUAUCACAGCGCGGUUGGACAUGCGAAGGAAGGCCCCAGGGGAAGUUGUCUGGGGUCCUACCUCGGGCGUUUAUCGUGUCUCUGUCAAUCUUUAUGGUCAGCGCCAGCACGCCGGAGUCGUCGGCAGAUACUUAGGCCAGCAUAAUGUCUGGCUGGCGACUCCAAACUCCGUGGAACAAGGCAUUCCCGUCUUCAAUCCCCACGCUGAGAGGCGACGCGCUUUGGCCGCCGCGGCGGCUGCUAACAAUGUCAUGCGGGAUAAGCAGGGACAGAACAUCAGGACUGAAGUCCGGACUGCGGAGGAGGUCAAUGAUGCGGUCAUGAAGAUGUUCGAUCAGCUCGUCACUGCAGAUAUCCCAACCAUGGAUGCGUCGCCGUCUGUGAAAACGCCCCUUCUGCCACACCAGAAACAGGCUCUCUGGUUCAUGACAGAGAAGGAAAAGCCUCGCAAAUUUGGGCCCAAAGAAGAGGACAACAAUUCCCUGUGGCGGAUUGACUAUCGGGCCAACGGGAGACAACAGUAUCGGGAAAUCAUUACUGGUAUUGUGCUUGACGAAGAGCCACCGCAGUCAUACGGUGGUCUCCUGGCCGACAUGAUGGGCCUAGGAAAGACUCUGAGUAUAUUGUCCUUGGUCACGGCCUCGCUCGAUGAAUCUGAAGAAUGGCAAAAUACGAUGCCGCAUCCAACACUCGUCCGCCAGAUCCCCGGAAUUCGCAACACCCGAACAACUUUCUUGGUUGUCCCGUUGAGCGCGGUCAACAAUUGGAUCUCCCAAAUCAAGGAGCAUCUUGACCCGCAAUCUAUCACAUACUAUGUUUUCCAUGGGCCCUCGCGCACGACGAAUGUCGAUGAACUGUCCAACUAUGAUCUUGUCAUCACGACCUACAGCACAGUUCUGAGCGAGAUCUCCGGCAGGGGCUCCAAACGUGGGGCCAGCCCAUUGGCAAAAAUGAACAUGUUCCGCAUCGUGCUGGAUGAAGCUCAUACUAUCCGGGAACAAAAUGCCGCUCAGACUAAGGCUAUCCUGGGUCUCCACUCCCAACGACGCUGGUCGGUAACUGGAACCCCCAUCCAGAACCGGUUGGAAGAUCUUUUGUCUGUGACGAAAUUCCUUGGGCUGUUCCCCUACAAUGACCGGACCCGGUUCACUCAUCACAUCCUGAGCCCAUUCAAGACCGGGGACCCCAGUGUUCUUGCGAGCCUCCGGGUGCUGGUGGACUCGUUUACACUGCGACGUGUCAAGGACAAGAUCGAUCUGCCACCACGUGCCGAUAAAAUCGUCACACUGAGCUUCUCCGAGAAGGAAGAACACCUGCAUGAGUUCUUCCGUAGCGAGUCCAUGGUCAUGAUGCGCGUUAUUGCAGGCGAGACCAAGACCAAGAUGGGCGGCCGCAUGUACCACCACGUUUUGAAAGCCAUGAUGAUUCUGCGACAGGUCAGCGCGCACGGCAAAGACCUUCUUGAUGUCGAGGACCGGGAGAGGGUCAAGGGAUUGAGCGUGCACGAUGCUAUCGAUCUUGAAGAGGGCGCUGCCGAGGACACAGCAGCGGCUACAGACCGAAAGGCAUACGGCAUGUUCUUGCUGAUGCAGGAGUCGUCGGGCGACCAGUGCGCCAUGUGCAACAAACGCUUGGAAGAGCCAAUCAGCGAGGCCGUGGCCGUGGAUCGCAAAGCGCCAAUGGCGAUCUUUUUGCCUUGCUAUGAUGUUAUGUGCCCUGACUGCUUCUCGGCAUUGAAGCCGGUCUUUGACUCGCAGUCUCAAACGGAAGUCAACUGCCAAGUCUGUGACGGAUGGAUCCCCGCAAAGUAUUCGACCAUCACCCCGGCCGGCCUUGAAGAGUAUAUCGCGCAAGAACAACAGUCCCGAAAGCAGGGCAAGCAGUUCGGCGACUACGAGGGCCCGCAUACGAAGACUAUCACUCUGGUAAAUAACCUGAAAGAGAUUGCCGCCGAAAGCGAGCAGCUCCACGGCGAGCCCCCGAUCAAGAGUGUGGUCUUUUCCGCAUGGACCUCACACCUGGACCUGAUUGAGCGAGCUCUGCGCGACCAAGGCCUGAACGGAUUCACUCGCCUGGACGGGUCCAUGUCUCUUGCGGCCCGCGGCAAGGCCCUCGAUAUCUUCGCCCAAGAUCCCUCCAUCACCAUCCUCCUCGCCACCAUCGGCGCCGGCGGUGUCGGUCUCAACCUCACUGCUGCGUCGCGGGUGUUCGUCAUGGAGCCGCAAUAUAACCCGGCCGCUGUCGCCCAGGCUGUUGAUCGUGUCCACCGACUCGGUCAGAAACGGCCCGUCGAGACGAUCCAGUUUAUCAUGAAGGGCAGCAUCGAGGAGAAGAUUCUCGAUCUGGCCAAGAAGAAGCAGCAGCUUGCUGAUAUGAGCAUGAACCGCGGCAAACUGGAUAAGAGGGAUGUUCAAGAGGCGCGCAUGCGGGAAUACCGCAGCCUUUUUAAAUGA